AUGAUCCUCUCUCAGGAUACGGGCACACCGUUGGAGGAGGUAGACAGGGCGGUUCCACACGGACAUCGUUGGAUGCAGGCGUACAUGGUGAAGCCAAGGAGCGACAUGCUAAGGCACAUUAGGAGGGUUGAAGCGGCUGGUUACCAGGCCAUAGUGCUAACCAUAGAUGAUGUUGCCUUCAGACGGAUAUCUUACUCUUCUUUACGGGGUGAAUUCGAAUUUCCCGCCUCGUUCGACUAUGUCAACCUUCCUAGACCAGUGAUUGGUGGCACCAUAGACGACGCUGAUUAUCAAAUCAACACAGUCACAUGGGACGAUGUUGAUUGGUUGAAAAACGUGACACGUCUUCCAAUCAUUCUCAAGGGAAUUUUAACCCCAGAGGAUGCCGAACUUGCGGUGCGCCAUGGUGUAGAUGGCGUGUAUGUAUCCAACCACGGUGGCCGUACACUUGAUGGUAGUGCAGCCACUAUCAAUGCCCUUUGGGAUGUGGUACGUGCCGUUAGGGGGCGAUGUGAGGUUUACCUAGACGGAGGGAUUCGGAACGGAAGGGACGUUUACACGGCGCUAGCUCUAGGAGCCAAAGCAGUUUUCAUCGGUCGUCCUGCUAUCUAUGGUCUCGCCACUAAUGGCUCCCAGGGUGUUCAAGACGUGCUUGACAUUUUGACUAACGAACUAGAAAGUACCAUGGCUCUCACAGGCGUGACCCGAGUAUGUGAUAUCAGCCCUUCCUAUGUGGUGAAACAAAGUUACUACGAGACUCUGAGCAAAUCAUCAAUUCGCCAGUUUUCAUCAAAUCUCCUUUCAGCUAAUUUCUUGGGAUAAAUAUUCUCACUUAACACUCAAAGAUACAGCGGAAACUUUCCAAACAAUGAAUGCUCUACGUGAAAUACCUUCCUCUUUAUCUUUAUUCU